ACCUGUGAAUUUCUAGCCACAGGUGAGAGAAGAAGUGUUUACCUUCGCAUGUCACUAGCAGUAAUAGCCAUUUCCACAAAUGUGGCCGAUGAAAUGUGCAAUAACGAGGAAGAUAAACCACAGAUUAUCAAGGAUGAAAUAUAGGUUGGUUUGAACUGUACCUGAACUGACAGGUGGAAUGUAAGCUGACAAUGAUGAAAUGAUAAAGGACCUAGAAAGAUAAUUUGAUUAUCUGAGCAGCAAGAAGCUGUCACACGCAGGGAUUAUAGACCUUCAGACCUGAAGUCUCAAUGGAUAAUCCUUCGGAUGCAUCUUCAUCCAAGUUGGCAUCCAAGAAGGUUCUUUUCUAAUGGAAUUGUGGAUUUAGUUCCUCUGAAGAAUUUGGUAUCGAAAUGGGCUUGUUUGUAACAGCAGUUGCCGUGUUACUAUGAUGCAAUAAUAUAUCAUACAUAUUGUGUGUAUGCAAUAUUUACCCCUUGCAGUUGAUUUAAACUGAGUGUAACCAAGUGUGACUUCAUUUGUCACAUAAUCAAUUACACUGCUCCAAAAGCAGGGAACAGAUUAGGCCAGAUAACAUGAAAUAUAAGAUAAAUGGUGUUAUGUGAAACAGAAAGUGGUCCACUGUUUGUUGUCACUGUGUGACACAGUGUUGUGAUAUGCUAAUAUGAUGUUAUGAAUAAUUGCAUAUGAAAUUAUGAGCACAAUAUAUGAUGUUUGUCAUAUCAAUCUUCAGGUCCUGACGCUAACAUUUCAUAAUUUUUUAAACUUGAAAGUGGACUCACAAGGAAAGCUGCGCACAAGAAUUCUUUAUUUAAGGAUAUGGCAUUGGAAAAUAAGUUUUCAUCUUUUUGUAAAGAAUUAACUCUACCUCUUUGAAAAGACAACGUGUCAGUUUUUUUUUUUUUUUCAAAGAUGUAAAGUGUAUAAUUUUGCAUCUGUUAAUUAUCUCAUACAUUCCAUUAGUUAUGAUGCUCAUUAAUAUAUUAAAUAAUAUUAUUUUACAGGUUUGCAGGUUCAGAAUUUAUCUUUAUCAGGUUGGCAGGUUCAGAAUCUGAAAUGAGAUAUUCAGAACUGUGAUAUAAAAGUUUUAAUUUUAAUUAAUUAUAUACAUAAUACUUUUACGUUAUACCAUUUAAUUUUAUGAAUUAUAAAUAUUAACAUCAUAAUUUCAGCAUACAUAAAUCAUAUAAAUUAACCAUCGUAUCGAAGCUGAGUUUAGUCAUUUUAGAUAUUUAAAUUGGUGUAGUUAUAUAGAAAUAACUACAUUGGUGAAAGCUUUUCAGGAUUAUGACUGAUUUCAGGAUUUUAAGUCUUCAUUUUGAUUGUUUUUUCAUAUGGUCUGAAUGCAAUGAGAAAUUGCAUUACUAUAAAGCUUAGCCAAAAUUGUGGUUUUGAGCAGAGUCAAUAGGGAUGAAUGUGUAAGACAAUCAGAAAUAUGUAUUUGACUAGUGAAACUUUUUAUUUUUACUGAUAUAAUUAAAAUAUAAGAUUUUCAUUCCAAAAGUGUAUUAACACUUUAAGUGUAUGUAGAGAAAAUUCAAAAUGGAGACAGCAGCACAGGAAACUCAAGUUGAAGCAGAAAAAGAGUCCAAAUGUGGGUGUGGUUAUUGGCACCCUGCAUGUCUGCAGAAAUUCUCACAUCCACCGGCUUUUCUACUAUGCAUUAGUGCUGCUGCUCUCGCACAAUCCAUUCUAGUCUCAGGGUACACGAGCAGUAUUCUAACCACUAUAGAAAAGCGCUACAGUCUACAAAGCACAGAACUUGGAGUGAUAUUCAGCAGCUAUGAAUUCACCUGUGUUUUUUUCACUGUGAUAGUCAGUUAUUUUGGAGGGCGGUCAAAGCACAACCGAGCAGCAUGGAUAGGGAAAGGCAUGGUGUUGCUAGCCUUGGGAUCAUUCCUGUUUGCAUUGCCUCAUUUCAUUGGUGGGCAAUAUCAAGUGACCUUGAACCAGAAUGCCUCGUUAGACAAUACAGAGAACCUUUGCAAUGAUGACCCUGCCACAACAGAUAUGUCAAGUGCCUGUCGUUCUAGUGUGCAAUCAGAGAAAUGGGCUUUUGCAAUAUUUCUUAUCGCUCAGAUGUUGAUUGGUGUUGGUGCCUCGCCUGUGUACACGCUAGGGCCAACCUACAUGUACGACAAUGUCAGGCGCAAUCUCUACCCCAUUUUUGCAGGCAUCAUGUACGCCAUGGCAGCCUUUGGUCCAGCCCUUGGAUUUCUGAUAGGUGCCGCCUUCAUCACACUGUAUGUGGACCCUGCCAACCCCCCACCGACCCUCACGGAGGACAGUAAGGACUGGAUAGGAGCAUGGUGGCUGGGAUUUCUACUAUGUAGCUUUAUGGGGUUAUUAGUGAGUGUUCCCCUUUUGAUGUUUCCCAAGAAGUUGGACAUAAAAGAGGAGAAUAUCGAGGUGGAAGAGGAGCCCGCCAUGAUGGGGUUUGGACAGAGUGUCAAAGACAUCCCCAGGGAACUGAAGAAGCUGUUUACAAAUACAACCUGGCUUUGUGUGAGUCUUGCCAUAGUGAUGGAGCAGUCUGUCAUCCAGGGAUUCAUAGUCUUCAUUGCUAAGUAUCUGCAAACAAUGUACGACAUUCCAGCAUCAAGAGCAAAUAUUGUCACAGGUGCUGUAGUUAUACCCAGUGCAGUGGUGGGUAUCAUCACAGGAGGUGUGGUAGUCAAAAAGUUCAAGCUCACACUGGAAGGUAUAGGCCGACUUCUGGUGUGUAUAGCCUUCCUGGCCUUCCUGGUGACACUGCCAAUAUUCUUCCUGGGCUGUGAGAGUGGAAAACUGGCAGGGGUUACCACUCCUUACAGGUUGGACGAUGUGUUGUCAACAGUCAACUUAUCAUCAGAGUGUAAUGUCAACUGUCACUGUAGUGUCCAACACUAUGCUCCAGUCUGUGACAGCCAUGCUGGAAUGGCAUACCUUAGUGCCUGUCACGCAGGAUGUCAUGUUGUCGAUGUGACACACGUAGAUGGAAUGAAGGAAAGUGUCAAGAAUUAUUCCAGUUGUGCCUGUCUUGGGUUGUCUAGUCCUCCGUCUGAUGGUUGGUCAGUAGUUGAAGGCAAGUGCAGCAGAGAAUGCAAUACUUUCAUCCCAUUUGUCCUGCUGUUGUUUCUGGUAGUUUUCCUCAUCUGCUGCGCUCAGAAUCCAGCACUUAUUAUAACUCUCAAGAGCGUGAGCAGUAGCAGCGAGAGGUCCUUUGCCCUGGGAAUGCAAUACUUCCUCUUGCGUGCUGUGGCCUUCAUCCCAGCACCAAUCUAUUUUGGCUAUCUAUUCGAUACCCAGUGUAUACUUUGGCAGCCAUCUUGUGAGAAUGGCAAACAAGGUGCAUGCUGGGAGUACAGCAUUGAGAAUUUGCCUUAUACCAUGUUUGGAAUGGCGUGCGGACUUCGUAUCCUUGGAUUCAUCUUCAUAUUAUUGACUUACUUAUCAAUAAAAAGAGAUGGACGAAGAAAAGGAUGUAUGCAGCUCGCUAAUGGUGGAAAAGAUUUAGAUCCAAAUAAAAUGGUGCACAGUGUCAGCACUGUUAGUUGCGAUACCAUGACCUCUAGUGUGAGCUCAGACAAUGGUGUCAAGCCAGUUCGUCUGGAGACUUACAUUUGAUUCAUAUCAAAAUGAUGAUAGAAUCAGUCUUAUACUGGUAGCUCUAUAUCAGUUUUGUGGGCCUUGAGUUUCAGAACCAUAAUAUCCUACCAGUGUUUCAUGUAAGUGUGUUUGCAGGGCUGAAGAGGGGAGUUUUUAAUAACCUCUUAAAACUUCUAGUGAUUAUACCAGUAUGUUAAAUGUUAGCCUAAUAAUUAUUGGGUACCCCCCCCCCCC